UCCAUCACGCAAAAUAAAAUAAAUAGAGGAAAAUAGAAAAGGUAGGGGAUCCGAAGUUGUCAAGAGCUCCGAUCCCACCCACCUGCGCGCUGCGGAUCGAUCGACUCCGAUUCCCUCCCAAAUCGGCCCCGGGAAUCCCAACGCGCAAGCGGAAGAAGGGAAGCGGGCGACGCGAAGCGAGCUCGAGGUGAUGAAUUGUUACGGUUUAUGGACGGAACAAGCAAGGAGCCUCUCCACAAGGACUACUACAAAGUUCUGGAGGUUGACUAUGAUGCAUCUGAUGACACUAUCAAAUUGAGUUAUAGAAGACUAGCUUUGAUGUGGCAUCCAGACAAGCAUAAGGGUGAUAAUGAUGUCACAGCUAAAUUUCAGGAGAUUAAUGAAGCAUACAAGGUUUUAAGUGAUCCAGCUAAGCGACUAGAAUACGACCUUUCCGGCUGUUACGAGAUCAAUCAGUAUACUUUGCGUGAGUACCUUACAAGAUUUAAGGGUAUGAUACUUACCUGCAAUGGCCUUGGCAUAGAUCAUCCUUCAAAAUGGGCCCGACAUUUGAGGGAAUUGAAGCCCCAUUGAUCAACAGGUACAGACCGUGCCAUCACUGAUGCUGAUCAGAUUUGCUGUUCUUUGUAAAACCACAAUGUGUUUUGCCGCAUACAAUGGCACUUUGCCACUUUCUGCCACUAGAGAUACAUGUGCGCCAUUUCCGGAUGUAAUUGUUGGUGACUGACUGGUCACGAAUACAAAAGUAGCUCCUUUCUCAUGAUAAAUAUAACUCCAAAGAAGAUGAAUAGAAGGGACUA